CUGGAGGAGUUGGGAAUUAAAGGGGAUAGGAGGCGGAUACAGAAGCAGCUCUUUACGCACAGAGAGAAGCGCAGUCCGAUGGUGAGGCAGCGGUUCAUCUCUCUGCGGGAACACACUUAAAACACACACUUACACACGCUUCCUCCACACACACACUUUUACAUAUCUACGGGACUUAUCUUCACUAAGAAAUCUCUAAGAACUAAAGACAGAAUGGAUGCUUCCCAGCUUUUCUUUCCACUGCUCUUCUACGGAUUUCUGCCAAAAGUGUUUUCGGUGCAGAUGUGCGACGUGGUGAACGAGAUCGAGCUGGAGAAGGAGCGCUGUGAGGACAGCAGCUUCGGGAACGUCACUUCAGGGUGCCAGGGCAUGUGGGACAUCAUCGCCUGCUGGCCCUCAGCCAGCGUCGGGGAAGUGGUUACAAUAACCUGCCCGACCUACUUCAGCUACUUCAGCGACGAGCACAAAGGUAACCUCUCCAAAACCUGCACAGCAGAUGGCUGGACUGAAAUGCAUCCUAUUGACAUCGCCAUGAACUGUGGAUACAAUCUCAACAGCACCAGCGACGAUGGCAAGUUUUUCUGGCAAGUGAAGAUCGGCUACACCAUCGGCCACAGUGUUUCCCUCAUAUCUCUGACCGCAGCUAUUGUGAUCCUCUGCAUCUUCAGGAAGCUCCACUGCACGAGGAACUACAUCCACAUGCAUCUGUUCGUGUCGUUCAUCCUGAAGGCCAUCGCCGUCUUCAUCAAGGACGUCGUCCUCUACGAGGUCGGCGAGGUGGACAACUGCUCCUCCUCGGGCUCCGUCGGCUGCAAAGUGGUGAUUGUGUUCUUCCAGUACUGCAUAAUGGCCAGCUUCUUCUGGCUGCUGGUGGAAGGUCUCUAUCUGCACGCUUUGUUGGCCGUCUCUUUCUUCUCCGAGAGGAAAUACUUCUGGGCUUACAUCCUGAUCGGCUGGGGAGGGCCGAUGGUCUUCAUCACAGCGUGGAGCGUCCUCAAAGCCUACUUUAACGACGUUGGGUGCUGGGAUAUAAUCGAGAACACUGAUGUCUUCUGGUGGAUCAUUAAAACCCCAAUUUUGGCGUCAAUCUUGAUGAACUUUAUUCUAUUCAUCUGCAUCAUACGAAUACUUCGCCAGAAAAUCAACUGCCCUGAUAUUGGAAGAAACGAGUCCAACCAGUACUCGAGGCUGGCGAAAUCUACGCUGCUCCUGAUUCCUCUGUUUGGGAUCAACUUCAUCGUGUUUGCAUUCAUCCCUGAGCAAGUGAAGACCGAGUUGAGGCUGGUUUUCGACUUGAUUCUGGGGUCAUUUCAGGGCUUUGUGGUGGCUGUUCUUUACUGCUUCCUGAACGGAGAGGUGCAAGCAGAGAUCAAGAGGAAGUGGCGGAGGUGGCACCUGCAGAGAUACAUGGGCUCCGACACCAAAUACCAACAUCCGUCCAUCGGCAGCAGCAACAACUUCAGCACCCAGGUCACCAUGAUGACCCGCUGCAGCCCCAAAACACGGAGGACUUCUUCCUCCUGCAACGACGACCUGUCUUGCAUAUGACUCGCACAAAAAGUGAGAGAGACUUCAUGCUGUACAACAAACUCUCGUGCCAAAUAUAGGACAGAAAAGGACGCAACGAAACCCCCUACACAUCUGCUAACGUGUCGCUUGAGUGUGACUUGGACAAAGUAAAGUGAUAAGAAGUUUUAAUCUCCAUGCUUCUUAAAAAAAAGUGACAAAGAAAUUAGCUUCACAAACAGCUUUUUCACACUUGGAUGAGAACCAUUCACGAUUCAUUGCACAUGUACUGUACAGGGGAAUUAGUGAGUCAUAUCAUUAUGGAUCAUUUGGUCAUUCAUUAUCAAGUUCUGUGUGAUGUGUCACAUUUUAACGGGGUUAGGUUAGGGAAUCCUAAUGUGAACUGCACCAGCAGCAGCCCUGCAAUCUGAUGUAAUUAUCACUGAUUAAAAAUCACUUAGCGGAUUCCUGCAGCUCCAAAUGAACAAGGCUGGUGCGAAGACGUUAAAAGAAAAGGAGCGAAGGUUUUUCUUUUAACUGCAAAUCUAAUUAUUUAUAUCGUGGAGUGACAUCAAAGGCAAAGAAUAGCACCAGAAAUGCAUUAUGAAGAUGUGUUUGAAUGUGAGAGGUGACCAAAAAAAGGACUUGGAUGAUAACAUGACUGAACUGACUUCAGACCAGUGUGCUGCUGAUUCCCAGCGAUGCGUCUGGAGCAUAAAUGCCCUUCUCUGCACUAUCACUCUCAUGAGAGACUGAUUUCCUUUCCAUCAGUACAGCCCACCCUCUUGUUCGUGUGAUAUCUGUGUUAUGUGUUUUUUUUGCUUGCAUGUGCCGAUCGCUGACGAGUGCCUGGUUUCAUUGUUUCUGAACUAACACUUUCAAUCCAAUCUUCACCGGCUGUGAGCAGCUCCUGAGAGGAAACGCCUUGAAGCAAAUCAGCCUUUCAAUGUUUACAGUUAUAAAUAGCAUUGUACACACACAUCUCCAGUGUAAAGAAUAACUCCACAUCGUCGUGCCAUACCGUUUGCAUUGUUGCUACAAUAAGUUGUUGUUUGAUAAAGUCCACAGGAAUGGUCUUGCUUGUGUAUGCAGCAGUCUGUGGCUAAAUGCUUAGUAUAACAGCUACAUAAUUGCACCGCAUUACACUUAAAAACAGACUUGUACAGAGAAGUGUCUGAGCAGUGCUUCUGUGAUUUUGAAUUCUCUUUUGACCCGUCUGGUUCUCCGAGGAGGAGUGUGUCCGACAUGUCAGCAGAGUUUUGUUCAAAGCAAAGCAAGGUGACAGGGAUGACUGGUGCUGUCACCUCGAGGCCAUCAUUGUGCUUUUCAGACCACAAGAUCGGACGUGUUGUUUGCUGGCUACAACAGAUAAGAGUAAUACUGCAUGUUUGGAAAUCUUCAUAGUCGUCUGAGAGAGUGAUAUUUACCGAAAUGUCAAACUAUUUCCUUAAAUUAUCCCAGAUUGUUUACUGCUUGUUGUCAGUCAAUGUAAUUGUGUGCCGACGUACCUCUCAUAUGGUGAAUGUAAGCCAAGUGAUUUUAAAUCAGUCAGGUGUUGCUAGAUAUGAUCUUUUUAGUGUUUUGGUGACUUUGCAUGGUUGUUUUGUAUCAGUGAGAUAAUAAUACAAAGGUUUUGAAAUAACAACCAUUUAAAUGUUCACUUAAAGUAAUAAUGCAGUGUUGAAGUAUGUGUUACAUAGACGUGUUAAUAUGCAAGCUUGGAUAAUGUGUAUAUUGAGUAUUUGAUUGGUUAUGUGUUGCAUGUGACAGUGGUGCAAUGCAUUGUGAAGCUUCAAAUGUGAACACAAAAGGCUCUUUCUUAGUUAAAAAUAAUUGUUUUUUAAAUAUUAUUCAUUGUCUUUGUUGUACAGUGUAUGUCAAGAUUGCUGUCUUGGCAGAAAACUUGCCAUAAAAUAUUGACAUUGUU